AUGUUGACGGUCCAACCACGCCGGCUACUGUCGCGGCCCAAGGGCAUCUUGGUUAUCGCGAUCUUUCUAGCAUCCUUCUACUGGCUGUUCCUCACUGGCGACUCAGCAGGCCCGAUUCGCAGUGCCGACCUGCCGUCAGUUGGAUCUGCAGGACAUGCAGCACCGUUUGCACCAGUUGCCCCGGAUGCGGGCACCGCACAGCCCGCGCAGCCUGCACAAAACCCCAUAGAAGGCGACACGGGCAAGAGUACGGGUAAGAUCACAGAAGGCUCUAUAAAACAGAGCCAAGAAGACAAGGAAAAAGAACGGGAAAGACAAAAGGAGAAGGAGAAGGAGGACCGCGAUCGAUUCGAAGACAAGCUGCGCAAGGAUUUCGAGAGCGAGAGCGAGACGCUUGCAGCUGAUCCCAACGCCGGCGCCAUCUAUGGGUUGACCCUGGCGACAUUGUCCAACAAGGAUGCCGACCGAAAACUAAAGUACGACGCCGCGUUGAAGCCGGCCCAGACCAGCUUCGGAUUCAGCGCCGACAAACCUCGCAUUUACGAUCCCUACCCGACCUACAAUGAUGCAAAAUGGAAAGCAUUGAAGCGAGCCGAGUUUGUGACCUGCAACGGCCCAGAUGGUGUGCCCAUCGAGGACAUCAUGGUCUUCAAAGGGUCUCCUCACUCCAUGCCGGCGCCUGGCUUUGGUAGUUAUGAUGUCCUGGACAUGGAUCAGAACCUCUGUUUUGAACGCCAAACUCGACUCGGUCCUUACGGUUAUUCGCAGGCAGGCAAGUAUGCCAAGACGUCUGAGGACUGGAACAGUGUCAAAUGGGGCCAAUUGCAAGAGCUGUGCCUAGAGAAGAACCAAGCCAGAUUUCAUGCCAAGGGCGCUUCGAACCCUUACCUAGAAGCCAUAUACAGCAGAGAUAAUCGCACAGACGCGAACAGCUCCGACGAGACCGAGGACAAUGAUGGAGAGCUCAAGAGAGGAUCAGGAUCGAGCAAAAACGAUGCAAGCACCAAGCCCAAACUCAGGCGUCGACUAUCUACGCAGCGCCUGACCGAGUCGAGCAAGGAUAUUGUCAAAGAAGAGCGAACUGCUUUGCUCAUCCGUACAUACACUGGGAAGACAUACAGCGAGAACGACAUUCAGAUUGUCCGUUCGCUGGUCACAGAGUUGUCACUGCGCACUGGUGGCCAAUAUCAGGUUUUCCUCUUCGUCCAAGUCAAGGAUGAAUCCGCCGAUAUCUGGCGAAACGAAGCAACCUACCAACGAGUCCUUCGCAGCGCGGUACCUCAGGAAUUUGUCGACAUGACAAUCCUUUGGAAUGAUGAAGCCACGCAGUCUACAUACCCGAAGCUGACAGGCGACCAAGCCACCGUUCACUUUGCCCAGUGGCUGUCUGUGCAAAAGUUUGCACAAGAGUAUACAGAGUUCGACUACGUUUGGAACUGGGAGCUCGAUUCGCGCGUCACUGGCCAUCACUAUGAGUUCCUGGAGAAGCUGAUUGCCUUUGCCAAGAAGCAGCCUCGUCGCGGUCUGUGGGAGCGCAACGAGCGUUACUACAUUCCUGGAGUCCAUGGUGAUUAUGACACGGACUUUCGGGAGGAGGUCGAGAGCCAUGCUGUGAACGGUUCGGUCUGGGGGCCUCCCAAUCUGCCAUUCAUCAAACCGGUCGGGCCGAAGCCACCAGUGAAGAAGCCGGAAGACGACAAUUACGAGUGGGGUGUUGGAGAGGAAGCUGAUCUGGUCACUCUUGCGCCGAUAUUCAACCCUAUUGACAGUGGUUGGAUCAUGGGAAACGACAUCCUAGGAUACAACGACUCGACUCACGAUUCCCUCGACGUGCCACGGCGGGCAACUAUAAUCACUCAGUCCCGGGUCUCGAGGCGUCUGUUGAAUAUCAUGCACGUCGAGAACUUGCGUGGAAACCAUGUUUUCUCGGAGAUGACGGCGCAGACUGUUGCUCUGCUUCACGGCCUGAAGGCGGUAUACGCCCCUAUCCCGGUCUUCUUCGAUCGCCCUUGGUCAAGCAAGCAGCUGGCCAAGUGGUUCAACGGUGGUAAUAAUGGCGAAAGCGGCGGUGUUGGCAGCGCCAUGGGCUGGGGACAGGAAGCUCGUUUCGCAGGGAGUACGUGGUAUUAUCGCGCAAACCCCCCUCAACGUAUGUACCUCAACUGGAUGGGCUGGGAGGACACUGAAAUUGGCGGGCCUGACUGGGAAGACUUGUACGGGCGUCCUUGUCUCCCGCCCAUGAUCCUGCAUCCGAUUAAAGAUGUGGAAGAGACGGAGCCGGGCCAUUCGAGCGAGUCGAGGCUGCCGUAUUGA